CGGUCCUCCACCAUUUCGCUGCGUAAAGUCUCCUCCCCGCGACCGCUACAUUCUGCGCCGAAACCCAGUCUCUCCCGGUCCGUAUUUUAACUUCUUCACACGGACCUAGUGGUACCUCGUUGGGUACCGGGAGACAGUUUGGAUUACUGGCAUUACGGAUUGAGUGCGAUUUUACGCGGAUGACGACUUCUUCAACGAGAAUUUAGUAAAAGAAAAUUGGUCGGAAAUUUCAGAAUAUGUGGAGGGGACCCUAAUUUCAGCAUCCUGGAAGUAGAAAGCACAGAAGAUCUGUGUCUCACACCACAGACAGGUGCAGUGUGUAGCCAGGGCAGCACAGAGGAAGGAAGCUCUGGGGAGGAGGCGGCGCGGCAGCGUGCCACUCCGGCUGUGGAUGUGCUGGGUGGCAACCCCCAGGCUGCACAGAAUGUGGCUGGGGAGUCACCUCGGCAUGCCCAGCAGCCGGUCGCAGCUGCCCCCCGCACAGUCCCUCCGUUCACCAAUCUGUCCAUUGUGCCAUUGCCGGAGAGCAACGACUCCGCAUUCCUCGGCAUGGAGAACGUCCCUCAGACCGAUCGGCCAAUCAGCAGUGACUUUAAGGACAGCGUCGCAGAAGAAGUCCACGCUGAGGAGAGCGCUGCCGAAGUCGUCGGAGUUUCGAGAUCCUUGCCAACAUCCCUCAAUGAGAAAUGUAGUUCCUCCGCUGAGAUGCAAAGGCUUCCAGCUCCCCUUUGUCCCCCUCUCGCCCCAGAUACACAGCUUGACAGCACAGUGCAAGAGUUGCAAUACGGGUCACAAACUGAUAAAGAGAAAAGCCACUCAAUAUGUCAGACAAACCAGAUUCAGCCACCUAGGGAAGGUGCUGGACCUGUGGAUAUUACGGGGACAAAGGAGAAACAGUCCGUCUUAUUGGAAUAUAAACCAGAGACUGGAACAAACAUGGAACUUGGUGGAAAAGAGCACACAGGCGGAAAUAUUCUCCUUCAGCCCAAAUCUCAAAUCCGUUUCACAGCCUCAUCUCCAUCUGUCCCACAGUCAAGUGUUGGUUUUAAAGUCCAAGACAUCACACAACACGGGGCUACGAAGCCGUCUGACAGGGACCCACUUGUCCACGCAAAUCAAGGCAGCCAUAUACCUCCGCCGGGUGCCGCGGAGCAGACCGGUGGUCACCAGGACUCAAAAUCGUCUGAGCUCCCUUUACCCUCAUCUGGCAACAGUGAGAUUAAACAAACUGACCUGUCAAAAACACAACCUGAAAUCAUCAAAGAGAUCUCAACUGAUGCCAGAGAAACACAGAAAGCAAAUUCUUUGGAAUCAGUUGAGAUGUUUGAGCAUGUUAAAGAGCUCGUCGACACCUCUCACAAAGAAAGACGACCUCCCUCAGCUGAAAUACUUGAGAUCCCAAAAGCAACUGAAUCACAUCCUGGAUUAUGCCCUUCUCCUGGAAAAGGAAGAGCAGUGUCCAGCAGCACAGCUGCCAGAGACGACCGCAACGUCCAGAGGAGCUGCGAUCCACUCGAAGGAGAGCAGGUCGAGAGUAGCCUGAGGGAAGAACAAACUGACGCGACCGCCUCCUCAUCUGACGUCACAAUGCUGCCAGAGUGCUCUUCCACACAGGAGAGUCACUCAAAACCCUCUGCUGCACCCUCUCUGUUUGACACGGGCUUAGUUGUCUCGCUGCAGGCGGGGCAGGUUGUAGAAGCAGAGGCACCUCAUCCCUCUGACCACGUCCCCACAGCAGAGACGCCACUGGCUGCCGAGCUCGCGCACUCAGCCGAAGCUCAAGAAGUUGUCGUUGUCAGAGAGGAGGCUCACAUCAGCGGGGACUGGUCGAACAUGCGCCUGAAUCAGAGUUACCUCCUACAACGAGAAGACGGCAGUGUCUGUGAAGCUGCCAUUGUUAACGAGCUGAGUUCUGAGCUCUCUACCGGGGAACCAAAGCUGUAUGAAGAAAGUGUUCAGGCAGGUAUUGAGUUAGAUUCACAACCCGUGGAAGUGUAUGAGUUUUGCACCCUGGUUGAGGAGGUCGCUGAGGAAACGGUCUGUGCCAGUAGUAGUGCACCGAUUCCCCACUCUCCAGGAUAUGAGGUGAACUUAUUCAACGCGUUACUAGAACACUCUGAGGAGUACACUGUCAAAGAGGACCCUGAACCAUCUAUUCACACAAUUAAUGAAAGUGGCACUGUCAUCAUUUCCCAGCAGCCCUUGCCUUCAUUGAAUGAUGCAAUUCAAAUGCAGGCUUGCUCUAACAGUAAUUCCCAUAAUUUGUCCAUACUGAACACGAGGGUAGCUGCUGUCGGGCAACAUUUGGUGUUAGAUGCUAACCAAGCUGUUGAAGUGGCUAACUCAAGUGAGGUUUGUUUGGUUGAAGUAGCUGCUGUUACAUCUGACUCAUUCGCUGUUGAACAGAUGGACACCAGUCCACAAAUCGGGACACCUUGCUCACAGGUCAAUGCGGCAAUCUCGGCCCAAACAGACGUGAGUGACUCUCCUGUAAUUCAAAAACAGGAAGCAGAAGCCACAGCUGUUGCACCAUCUUUCAUAUCCCCGGUGGUUACUGGUGAGGACACAGGGAUGGAAUCAUCUGUUGCUGUUUCAGUACACGUUCAGCCCAAAAUAAAUCAGACUGUUGUAAGUGCCACAAAGCCAGAGGCCAAUGUUUCUUCGCAUGAAGGGACCAAAGACGCCCCUGCUCUGACAGAGACUCCUUCACAGAGAAUCCAGAAUGUUGCUAUGCCCACAGAAACCAAACCAGAGGCUUUCUGCGCCGCUCACUCCGGUAUUAUAAAUCCAAAGCUGCUCCUUCUUAAACCGGGAGAAACUCCUUUCCUGAAACCCCCACCCUCCCUUUUGGCAAAGGUGUCCAUGCAACAGAAUGCGACCGGCAAGCUGGCCAAUGCCCACAGCUCAUGGUCUGGCACAGUGUCUGAGGAGUGCCUUGCCCAAACUGUCCCGGACUCUUUAUGUGCUUCUGUGGCUCUUAGCGCCCAGAAAGAUCAGACGCAGUGCUCUGUCGAUAAAACUUCUGUGUCAGCGGCCGCUCCUGUCAAGGUACAGCAGUCCACUAUGAGCAGUAACUCACUUCAACUUGACCAGAAUGCAUUUGUCACCCCCACAACCUCAACAAGUACAUUUGACAAAGAGGCCUUACAUGUUACUGAAAAUGUUAGUGAAGCAGGUCCUGCGUCCCAAGAUGUUGUCACCCUUACAGAUCCUACUGCGCCUUACGCCCUUUACAUGCUCUCAGCAUCAGAGGAAAGGGAAGGUGCAGUCAUGGCAUCUACCAGUCUUAAUGACCCCGUCAGCCAGCCGGACUCCCUCUAUAUGGAGGAAGAGAGUGAGGACAUGGAGCAGGACGAACCAACGGGAGAAGCUGAGGCUCUGGAGGCCACUUCAGGCCAGGUCAGCAGUCCAGAGGAAGACAGUGAUGAAGAACCAGACGCAGACAAAGAAAGCGAGAUGACCACCCUCAGCUCUCCAGACAAGCAUGGACAGAGCAGGACAGACAGAAAGACACUGUUCCUUAAGGUACGCCAGUGGAUAGCAGACAGGGUCACCGGGAAUUCAUCUCCUGUCUCGCCCUCCACCUCGUCGUCUUACCCUGGUCCCUCACCCGCCAAUGAUUGGUCUACCCCACGACGGGAGAAGUCCUCUCUUCUCCGGGGUCCCCAUGGGAAGUUUGUUUCUCCUUCCUCCGGCUGUGGCUACAGUCUCUCCACUUCCCCACCAGAUCAUGCCCCCCCUCAGCGUCCCCGUGGUCAAGCAGACAUGGCAGAGCUGGCUAAACAUGAAGCAGACAUCGAGCAUCGGACCCAGUCACUGAAGCGAGAGGGCUUCUGGUCAUUGAAGCGUCUCACCCGCCUGACGGAGCCGCCGCGACCGAAAGUGCAGUGGGACUACCUGUGUGAGGAGAUGCAGUGGCUCUCUGCUGACUUUGCUCAAGAGCGGCGCUGGAAGAGAGGGGUGGCUAGAAAGGUGGUGCGAAUGGUGAUGCGACACCACGAGGAGCUGAGGCAAAAAGAAGAAAAGGCCAAGAGAGAUGAGCACGCAAAAAUCAGAAGAGUUGCGUCUUCUAUCGCAAAGGAGGUCCGGGCUUUCUGGAGCAGUGUGGAGAAGGUGGUGCAGUACAAGCAGCAGUCCAGACUGGAGGAAAAGAGGAAGAAGGCUUUGGACCUUCAGCUGGACUUCAUUGUCGGCCAGACUGAGAAAUACUCGGACCUCCUCAGCAAGUCACUUGCACACACCAGACUUGCUGAACCUGAACCUGAAACUGUCCCCCAGACUCCCAAAAAAUCUGUGCCACCUGCCGUUGAUGAGGAUGACAGAGACUUUGAGCCUCCCUGUGAGGAGGAGGAUGACGAGGAGACCAUAGAGGUGGAGGAGCAGCAGGAGGGCAAUGAUGCUGAGAGCCAUCAGAGAGAGAUUGAACUGCUGAAGGAGGAGGGCCUGCUGCCCCUGGACCAAUUACUCAGCACCCUCAAACGGCCUCCACAGGAGUUGGGCUCAGAUGAAGAAAGCUCGGAUGAAUCCUCUUCAUCGGUGGAAGAGGAAGAUGGUGAAUUUACUGCCAAUGAAGAGGAUGCUGAGGAUGAGGAGGACACCAUAGCUGCCCAGGAGAAGGUUGAGGGAAAUGUGGAUCACGCAGAGGAACUGGAUGACUUGGCCAAAGAAGGCGAUAUGAGUGUUGAGGAGCUUCUCGAGAAGUACAAAGGAGCAUAUGCCUCAGACUUUGAGGCACCGUCUGCAUCUGGCUCUAAAGAAAGCUCUGAUUCGGAGCUGUCUGGGGAUGAAGAGGAGGAGACUGAAGAAGAUGAGAGUGAUGUGGAAAGCAACACUUCCUCCUCAGAAUCACCAGGAGACAGCGGAGAAGACGAUGACAGCGAGAAGGAAGAAGAGGAGAGCGAGGAAGAAGACGACGACUGCGGAGAUGAAGGGAUGGAGGUCUUGCUAAAGGAGGGGGACAACAGCCCACCUGCCUCUAGCUCACGGCCAAAGAAAGAGAUCAGCCACAUUGCUGCUACUGCAGAGAGCCUGCAGCCUAAAGGCUACACUUUGGCUACUACAAAGGUCAAGACUCCCAUUCCAUUCCUGCUUGAUGGCACGUUACGAGAAUACCAGCACAUUGGACUCGACUGGCUGGUCACCAUGUUCGAGAAAAAGCUUAAUGGCAUUCUGGCUGAUGAGAUGGGCCUGGGCAAGACCAUCCAGACCAUCGCUCUGCUGGCUCACCUCGCCUGUGAAAAAGGUAACUGGGGCCCUCACCUCAUCAUCGUUCCCACCAGUGUGAUGUUGAACUGGGAGAUGGAGCUGAAACGCUGGUGUCCUGGGUUUAAAAUCCUCACUUACUUUGGCAGCCAAAAGGAGAGAAAGCUAAAGAGACAGGGCUGGACGAAGCCGAAUGCUUUCCACGUGUGCAUCACUUCGUACAAGUUGGUGCUGCAGGAUCACCAAGCGUUCCGGCGCAAGUCUUGGCGAUACCUGAUUCUAGACGAGGCACAAAAUAUCAAGAACUUCAAGUCCCAACGCUGGCAGAGCUUGCUGAACUUCAACAGCCACCGGCGACUGCUGCUGACGGGAACCCCUCUCCAGAACAGCCUGAUGGAGCUGUGGUCCCUGAUGCACUUCCUGAUGCCCCACGUCUUCCAGUCCCACCGCGAGUUCAAAGAGUGGUUCUCCAACCCGCUGACAGGAAUGAUCGAGGGCAGUCAGGAGUACAACGAGGGCCUGGUCAAGAGGCUCCACAAGGUGCUGAGGCCGUUCCUGCUCAGGAGGAUCAAGAUUGACGUGGAGAAGCAGAUGCCCAAGAAAUACGAACACGUGGUGCGCUGUCGCCUCUCCAAGAGACAACGCUUUCUCUACGAUGACUUCAUGGCACAGGCCUCGACCCGGGAGACGCUGGCCAGCGGUCACUUCAUGUCUGUGAUAAACAUCCUGAUGCAGCUCCGCAAAGUGUGCAACCACCCCAACCUGUUCGACCCCCGACCCAUCCAGUCUCCCUUCAUCACGAAGCCCAUUGUUUUCCAUACAGCCUCCCUGGUGCAGGACGCCCUGGAGGUCUCCCCUUUAAAGCGCUGCGAUCUUUCCAUGUUUGACCUUGUGGGUUUGGAGAGCCACGUGUCCCGGUACCAGGCAGAUGUCUUCCUGCCGCGACACAAAGUCAGCCGCCAACUAAUCCAGGAGAUCAUGGACUCCCCUGAACCCCCUCCGAGACCCAGACCAGUGCGCAUGAAGGUCAACAGGAUGUUCCAGUCGCCUCCUAAAAGUGAUAAUCGAGCGGUCCUACUGAUGAACAAGCCUACCUGCUCGGUACCCCCUGCAGCACAGACCCCCAAACCUCCUCCAGUUACUGAAGUCCCCUCAACUCCUGCCCCUGUAGUUCAACAAGUGGUGUGUUCAGUGUCGACCACGGCUGCUCCUCGCCCGUCCCUGCAUCUUUCAGCUCAAACUGCAGUGAGAGCCAGCGCUCCAAAGCCAGUGCUGACCGUACGGCCUCCCGCUGCCCCAUGCACAGCCAGCAUCCCGGCUCAUCCCAGUCCAAACCCCGGCAGCGUCCUGCCCCAGAGGGUUCUGCUCAGUCCAGAUAUGCAGGCUAGGUUGCCCUCUGGUGAGGUGGUGAGCAUAGCCCAGCUUGCCUCCCUGGCAGGGCGACCUGUGUCGUCCUGUCAGGGCAGUAAACCCGUCACCUUCCAGCUUCAGGGCAACAAGCUGACUCUGUCUGGAGCUCAGAUCCACCAAGUCCCAGCAGCUUCUCCACGCCCAGUUCACGGUAAUGUGAUGCACCUGGUGUCCAGCGGGGUGCAGCAUCACCUCAUCAGCCAGCCGGCCCAGGUGGCUGUCCAGAGCGCAGCCAACACACAUCCUGCAAACACCUCUACUGCUCCACCUACCAAUCGGCUGCCGCACAAUGCCGUAGCACAAGUGCCCCCCGCCAUGGUGAGCAGCCCCGGCGUUGUGAAGAUCGUUGUGCGUCAGACAGCAGGCAAGGACGGUGGGCCUGUGCCCACCCUGGCAGUGGCCCCUUCCCCUCGUGUCGCUCCUCAUACUUCCCUUUCCCCGCACCCCCACGCCAACACAACCUCUGUCAGAAGCACUGCCCCACUGCAAAUUGUCCAGCGCACCCCUGGUCCCGCUACUGCCCACUACACCAUAGCUCCUCCCGGAAUCCCUAGCUCAACCCCAAACCAGCCCCACCCCCCUCGCCCCGUCCUCAAAGUAGUGCAGCCUCCUCCAUCAAGCACAGAGCAGCCAGCUCCAGUUCAGCUGGCCUCCUCGUCCUCUGCGUCAAAGGCUUCUUCAUCAGCACCACGUGACAGCACCAGUCAAACACCAGUUACCACGAAGUCGAGGCCCAGUACAAGUGCAAGAACUUUCCCUCCACCCAGGAGAGUCCCUCGUCCACCUCCUCGUUCUCCGUUCCACAUGCCAUGGCUGGCAGACUGCCAUAAACAGCAGCGCGACAGCCGGCUGGACUUCAUCAUUCGAGUCAACGAGAACCACUGUGCGGCAAAGCCCAUGUACGGCCGGGAGGUUUUGAACUUUUUGACUUUUCUCCCUGGUCCCCGUCCCUCGCCAGCCGCCCUGAGCUCUGAGGGGGAGUGGGGCCGCUCGGGCCACAGCAGCUGUCUGUUCGCACAGUGGCAAAACAAAUACGACUUCUGGCUUCAGAGUCCCGCUGUGAGAGAGGCCAUCCACAGCAUUGAUGACAGGCUGGAGCUGCUCAAUGAUGUUAUAGACAGGUUUACAUUUGCGAUUCCCCCAGUGGAGGCUCCUCCGAUCUCCAUGCACUGCUGCCAUCCUCCUCCCUCUGUGAGCCACAAGCAGGCAGUCUUCUCCACCCUGCUGUCAACUCAAGUCACUCCGCUUACUCGCAGUCUCCAUCGUAUCCAGUGUUACAUGCGGACCCAGUUCCCGGACCUGAGGCUCAUACAGUAUGAUUGUGGUAAGCUGCAGACUCUCCACACUUUGCUGCGAAAGCUGAAGACAGGAGGUCACAGAGUGUUGAUCUUCACGCAGAUGACGCGUAUGUUAGAUGUGCUGGAGCAGUUCCUUAACUACCACGGACACAUCUACCUCCGUCUGGAUGGCAGCACCCGUGUGGAGCAGAGACAGUCUCUAAUGGAGCGCUUCAACGCAGACCGGCGUAUUUUCUGCUUCAUUUUAUCAACUCGCAGCGGAGGUGUAGGGGUGAACCUGACGGGGGCGGACACAGUAGUUUUCUACGACAGUGACUGGAACCCCACCAUGGAUGCUCAGGCCCAGGACCGCUGCCACCGAAUCGGCCAGACCAGAGACGUCCACAUCUACAGGCUGAUCAGUGAGCGAACAGUGGAGGAGAACAUUUUAAAGAAAGCCAAUCAGAAGAGGAUGCUGGGAGAUAUGGCUAUUGAAGGAGGGAACUUUACCACUGCCUUCUUCAAACAGCAAACCAUCCGAGAGCUGUUUGAUAUGAACGAAGGGGAGAGGAGGGAUGUGGCAGCGGAGCUAUCGGUGCCCCAACCCGAGGAGGAAGAGGCCGUCAACAAACAGAGCACCACCAUUCUGGAGCAGGCCCUGUGUCGUGCCGAGGAUGAGGAGGACAUAGUCGCAGCCUCGCAGGCCAAAGCAGAGCAGGUGGCAGAACUGGCGGAGUUCAACGAGAACAUACCGCUGGAUGAUGGAGGGGAGCAAGAGGAAGUGGAGGAGCUCUCGAAGGCCGAGCAGGAAAUCGCUGCUCUGGUGGAGCAGCUCACUCCCAUUGAACGCUACGCCAUGAACUUCCUGGAAGCCUCAUUAGAAGACGUAUGCAAGGAGGAGUUGAAGCAGGCUGAGGAGCAAGUGGAGGCCGCCAGGAAGGGCCUGGACCAGGCCAAGGAAGAGGGCCUGAAGCUCCACGCUUCAUCCGAUGACGAGGACGAUGACUUUUUGUCACCGCCAGCGUCUGUGGAGCCUACUCAGCCAGCCCGCCGAGGCCGUAAACCCAAGGACAAGGACAAGGUUGUCACCUCUACCAGGACUAGUGGUCGGCUGCGUGGGGCUUCGCCCGAAACAGAGUCUGAGACGUCCCCGAGAGAAGUGCCAGAAAGACUCCGCUGUGGUCUGAGAGGACGAGGAUCUGCCAAAGACGCCGCGUCUACCACCCCGUCCCGCACAGACCAUCAGAAAACCUCUUCAUCGACCAGGCUUCAGGAUUCCUCCAAAUCUUCGAAAGCCUCAUCUCCUACCAGAGAUCACCAGACUAUCAAAACCAGGACUCUGCCAAACCGCUCCCAUCCAAGUCCAGUGCCUUCCCCUCCUACCACCUCUCCCCCUGGAGGGAAACAACAGUGUGCUGGGGAGACUGACGGCAAGACCUCCAAAGCCUGCAGAGAGGAGAAAGACGGGGAGAAUGAGAGGAGGCUGUCUGAGUCUGAGCUAGAAUCCAGCUGCCCAUUGGACCAACAGGCAAAAGAUGAGGACACCAAAGACAACAGCGCCAUGUCUCCCCCCUCCACCAGCUCCCGGUCACCUCGUAAGCGACAGUCCGCAGACGGUGAAGUCCUGCGGGGCCUGGUUGAAGACUCUCCAUCAGCCAAAGUCCUGCGGAAGCUUCCAGGGAGACUGGUCACGGUAGUGGAGGAGAAGGAGCCAAGAAGGAGGAGGCGGAGAGGAAGCGGCACUGGAGGUGGAGCUUCUUCAGAGGAGGCAACCGUGGAGGAGAACACUGCCGGAUUGGUCGACGAACCAAACAAAGACAACACGUCACCAUUGGGCCCUGACUGCAAAGCUAAAGGGGCCAUUACCAAAUCUCCUCAGGACCAAGACUCUACUCAGAGUCAGUCUGUGCACCCACCGCCUGUCAGAAGUUAUCCUCCAUAUUCCCCACCCCAUCUUUCUCCUGACAUGCCUGUGCUGAGAAAUCUUCCUGUACGGCGCAGGUUGGAAACUGAAUCUCGCAUGGCCGCCCAGCUUGUAGAGCAACAGCAGCAAUUGGGUCGAGGAAGAGGAGGGAACCAGUCCAGAAAAACUGACAUACCACCUGGCAAAGACUCACCCUCUACAGAGUCCAGUGUGAAUUCUCUUGUGAUACCUUUGAAAAGAAAGAGGGGCCGGCCCCCUAAGACUCCUCCUACGUUACCGGAGUCUGACAACACAGUGGCCGCUUCCCCACAGCCCACCUUGCCAGUUGAGGAGGGGAACCCCCCUCUCUCCCCAAAACGUAAGAGGGGUCGUCCUCGCAAAGACUCUACAACCACGUCAGAAACUGUCAGUGAAGAACAGAACUCUAAAAAUGAGACCACUACUACUACUGGUGUAUCUGGUAUAUCAAAAACAGAUGCCAGCACAGAGUCGAUUGUCUUGUCCCCCCACAAUUCGGAGACCCCUAUAGCUGCUGUUGUCACUACAAGUCAGGCCUCCCAGUCUACCAAAAAUGAGGAAACGGACACUAAGACUAAGGUUUCAGCCCCUGCUCCAAAUCCAGAAGGAGCCCCCACAACAACAACAACAACAACAACAACAACAACAACAACAGAUAAAGCUUCUACAUCAACAGUCACAGCUUUAGUCAAAGCACCCACAGCACCUGCACCCCUUCCUGUGGUUGCCUCCACAUCAGCCUUGGCCCAAUUUGUUAGUUCAGCUACAGCUCCAAGCUCAGACACAGCGUCAAUGCAGGUGUCCUCUGCGUCCUCUGUCUCACUUUCUAUGUCUGCUAUCAGCCCCGUCGUUGCUCCCCCCACUUCUACAACUCCAGUGCCACCUGCCAGCGCUGUCACGCCAACUCUUGCAGGCGCAAAACCAACACUUGUGGUUUCCACUGCUCCUAAAGCUCCCGUAGAGCUGAACCCUUCAGGUUACACAACAACAGACUCUGCCAAAACCACCACGGUUUCCACACCAGCUGCUACCACUCCAUCGGCUGUGUCGUCUUCUGCCGUGGCCGUCCGCGCAGUUCCAACAUCAGUACCUGCCACAACGAUUACAGAAGCUGCUAACGUAAUAUCAAAAACAGUCAGCGUGACACCAGCAGUCACUACUACAGUACAAUCGGUCACAACUAAAACUACGGCUGUUAAGGACUUGCCGCAAGCUUCUGCUCUUUCAUCGACAACAUCCACCCCAGCUGCUGUAUCCUCUGCUCCAACUUCUGUAUCUUCCGCUCCAACUGCCACCCAGAAGGUUUCUGCUACAUCUACCCCAGCUGCUGUAUCCUCUGCCCCAGCUGCUGUAUCCUCUGCUCCAACUUCUCUAUCUUCCGCUCCAACUGCCACCCAGAAGGUUUCUGCUAUAACGUCUACCCCAGCUACUGUAUCGGCCGCCCUAUGUACUGAAUCCUCUGCCCCAAUUACUGUAUCCUGCGCCCCAUGUACUGCAUCCUCUGCUCCAGCUACUGUAUCAUCCACCCCAGCUUGUGUAACCUCUGCUCCGGCUGCUCUAUCCUCCGCUCCAGCUGCCACCCAGAAGGUUUCAGCUACAGCUACUAGCCCAGCUUCAAUUUCACCACAACCAACCUCAACAUCUCCUCCCACUACAGCAACAACUAUGACAACAACAGUAAAAUCAGUCCAAGCUAGUCCAUCAAACUCAACAAGUCCAAGCACAGUCCCCACUGCAAGUCCAACGAUGUCUACGUCUAGCACACCAUCAGUAACUACGGUCUCAUCAUCGGCUGCAAACACAGUUCCAUCUUCUUCAGCUCAAGCAAAGACUAAUGUGACAACAACUACAGUCCCUACCAAACCCGUCUCAACCUCACCACCACCACCACCACCAACAACAACAGUUCAAGUGGCUACACAGGCACAGGAAACUGUUCCAGCUGUUUCCACAUCCUCAACAAAACCUGCUGCUACACCAACCCCAACCUGCACUCCUUCCCCAACUACAACAUCUGCCAGUGUGACCACCACAGCCGAGGCAAAGACAGUUACAGUAACUUCAUCUUCCCCAACAGAGAGAGCAGAGGGGGUCCCAGGAAUGACCCCUGUAGUAGCAGCAGCAGCCCCUUCCAAAGAAUGCACAACUUCAACGACUCCUGCUACAACUGCAGAAAAGACUGUCAAGAUCCCCCCACCCCCAGUAAGAACUUCCACAGGUGCCCCAGUCCCCACAACUCCAUCUCCAGAAAAGUCCAUUACAGUUGCCACCACAAACGUCACAACUACCCAAGUAUCGACUACCACAGCCACCCCUGCGUCCGUAGCAGCCGUAGCAGCUACCGCAGCUGCCCCAGCCCAGACGGUGUCCACCACACAAACGUCUGCUGUCGUUUCCCUGCAAGUAGGAAGCUCUGCAUCCACAGAUGUUUCCCCAGAUGUGUCUUCAUCUGCCCAGACAGAGGCCAUGCCCCCGGUUCCCACAUCUGCAUCCUCUAGUGCUUCGUCUGAGAAACAAUCUUCAGAGCCAACGAAGAAAGUGUCUGCAUCUAAAAGUGACCCGGACAGGGCGACCGAAAUGGAAGUAAACGCUGCGGAGCCUGAAUCAAGGUCUAGCAAGAAGGAGGAUGACAAACGGGAGGACAUCUGCGAGUCUCAGCCUAACAAGGAGGACAUCUGUGAGUCUCAGCCUAAAAGGAGAAAGGUGGAGAGUUCCUCUGAGACCAAAGACGUUGAGUCAGGAAGGGAGAGAGCAGGCGGAGACUCGCAGCCUGCAACUGCCACUCAGAAAGAAAAACCCAAGCAACAGACGGUUGAGCAAACUACUGAAGAUCAGAAAACUCCAAUCCAGAAAAGGCCUCUUAGUCGCCAGAGUAGCCAGGAGUCUGCUCAAUCCUCUUCGUCAUCAUCUACAUCAACAUCAACCCUCACUCGUCACGCUCACCACAAGAGGACUUACGAGAACAGACAUCCUGCCAAGAAGAGGCGAAUGGAUGUCACCUCAGAAACGGGGAAAGAGGAGAAAAACGAAGAGGGUGGGGGGAAGGAAGGGGAAGGUGGCAAGAAGGCGCUCACCACCGCUACGUCUCGGGGAAGGCGUUCCAGUUCGUCCUCUUCCUCCUCGGACUCUGACAACGGCGAGAGCAGGAAGGAGCGCCGAUUGACUCGCUCAGCCAAGCACGGGCUACAAGAUCAGGAGAGGGAAAAGGGCAACAGUCGGCAAGGAAAGAAACUCUCGUGCAGCUCUGACAGAAAUGCAUCAAACAACGCCAACACAUCCACAGGUGCAGAGUCUGGCAGUGAUACAUCUUCUGUUAGGAUCACCAGGAAGUCUGCAGGAUCUCAGCCUUUACAAGACAGCAAAGCUCAGACAAACAGCGUCGUGCCUCCUGAGCCCGAAGUUCUGGGGAAGAGGUGCUCGGCACUCAAUGCGGCAGCCAAGCUCCUAGCAAUGAAAGGCAGGGUGGAUACCCCUGGCCACACCCCUCGGAAAGACUCAGGUGCUAAGGCCGCUGGGACUUCCCCUGCCUCCUCUUCUGACAAAAACCAAAAGCCUAAAAGCAAAAGUGUACCAGCCUCUCCACAGAGCAACUCUGUAAAUCUUACUAAUAAUAAAAGCACUGGCAGCAAACCCUCAACGCCCAAUCAGACAAGUCGCUCGGCUUCCCGCUCCACCAGACAGUGCCCCGGUUCUCUGGUUCCACCCCUGGAAGCGGAGUACAAGAGGUCUAAAGCGGAGGAAAAGGAGAGGGGGAGCAGGAAGUCGUCGGGGGGCAAGGAAGGCGAGGCAGAGGCGCAGUCUUCGUCCCGGGGCCACAGUGCCUGCAGCAGCAUGAGCAGCGACGGCGAGGGCGACGGUGGCGGGCGCAGCAGCAGAAGCCGCAGCAGCAGCAGCAGCAACAGCAGCCAAUGCACCCGCAGCAUCAGCUCUCAGAACACUGAGCGCAGAGAGUCCCGCGCCACGUCCUCCGGCAGCGAGAGGGAUCGCAGCUCGGAGAGCAGAGACAAACGAGGCAAGCAGGGCCAGCACAGGGAGAGUCGGAAGGACAGGAGGUCUCACCGGCUCUCGCAGGAGGUUAACAGCAGUUCAGGAACAGAGGGGACGCCGGAUAGAGUGCUGCGUAGCGUCGCAGCACUCGCAGCGGUGCAGGCCAGGUCACCGGCCGCAAGCACCCGCUCCUCUUCUGGUCAAAAUCGUCACAACAAGACAUGAUCAGAGUGCCAAACGGAGAGGAAAAAAUGGAAGCGAGAGCGCGUUGCAGAGCACGAUACGAAAGCAUGUCCUGACCUGUAAGGUUGCUGCUUUGUGUGCACUCUGAUGAAUGCAAGGGAACUGAGUGCUGCACAAGCCAGGGACCUCCCUGCCUCUUGGGCCCUCUCCCUUUCCAAUUAGAGCUGGUCCGCUCACCAGCUCAGCCAUUGUCAGCCGGGGGAAGGCUCAGGGAUGCCGGACUGAGAGUUAAAAAAAAAAAAAAAUGUGGCGCCGUUGCUGUGCGUCCGUAAACUAGACAGAGAGGUGGUACAGUGGAUACAUUCACCACUGGGACUUGAGGGGGACAAAAGGUGCAAGAGGUAAUAAAGGAAAGUUGUUAGCUCACAUUAUGUACUGUAAUCAUUAAAGACUGGAACACUCUUCAGAUCUUAUGUGUUAAGAUGGGAUUAUACAGCACCCUCUGUAAGGGUCAUAAAUGAAAAGUCAUUUGUGUGACAUUAAAAACUGAGUGUAAGAGUGACCAGUUGUAUUGUAAGUUGGAGGUUUUAGAGAGUUUGGUUUUGAAAAAUUUCAUCAGCUGUCCUGACUAUUGUUUCUUUGUAGUCAGUCGAUAAGUUAUGCAUAUUUUAUUAUUUCUUCCAGGGUAUUAGGAAGAGACCAGAUCUGUCAAUGUGAUCUUUGCUGCACUAUGCUGGAGCUUGUCUUUGCUUGGGCCCCCUUUUUGUCAUGUCAAGUUUCUGUUCUUUGGAUUCAUUUUUAAAUCCAGCCUUGCAUUUCUCAUUUGCACAUCUGAUAUUGUGGCCCUCGGCUUUUUGAGUACAUUGUGGUGUAGUAAUACAUUUUUACAUCAACUUCAGUCGAUUAAUUGGUUCCCGGUACCUCACGAUGUAUCUCUACAGUUUGAAAGUGCAUUCAUUGAACUUUCAAAUAGUCUUGGAUCAUCUUUUGCUUCUGACCACAGACCCGGAGCAGCAUAAAUUAAUUUUCUUUUUCCUAAUCUUCCCAAAGGCAGUUAUAGUUACGGUCUACUUUGUCACGUAUUUAUAUCAAAAGGGCAAGUAAAUGUUAUUGAAAUUAAGAGUGCCUCUUUGGCCAAAUGGGUUUGAACCUUAGAUUGCCUUGUGAAGCGCCUGAAGCAGCGGUGUUGAGCUUCUCUCGUUCAUUUAAAAAAAAGCCAAACAAACAAAAAGACCCCAGAGAACAUCAAGAAAAGCACCUCGUGCAUCAGUGCUACCAAAUUAAUGUUUUAUUUUUCACCUGAAUCUUUUGUCAGCAUCACUUCAUUGCUCUUGGUUCAUGUAAAAAAAAAUUACUUGGACAAAAUAUGUGAAUAAAAUUACUGGUACAGUUCCAGAUGACUGUAAAUUGUCGAUUUACUUUUGGACUUGUCGAAGCUAUUUUGAGCAACGGUGAUUUUGUGGUGGGGGGUUAGUUUAUGGUGAUGGUCUUAUUUUUGAUUUGUCUCUCUUUAUUUGUUGCAUUCCUUUGAUCCCUUGUAAUUCCACAUUGUUUUACUUGAAAAAUUAAGACAAUUACAGUUGAAUAAAAAGACCAAAAAU